AUCACCACCCCACCAUUUAAAGUUAAUCUGGCUGUAGUAAUCCCCUAGUCAGAAAACAGUAUAGAAUCUCAUACUGUAGGGGGCUGAGAGAGAGAGGAGGCAAGAUGUACGGGAGCGCUCGCUCCGUCGGGCACGCCGAGGGCAGCCCUGCCCGCUCGUCCCGCCUGCCCAGGUCCCCUCGCCUGGGCCACCGGCGCCUGGGCGGCAGCGGGGUUAUCAGCGGAGGCGGUGGAGAAGGAGUAGCAGUAGGAGGCAGAGGAGGAGGAGGAGGAGGAGGGAAGACCCUCUCCAUGGAGAACAUCCAGUCGCUGAACGCCGCCUACGCUGCCUCGGGGCCAGUCUACCUGGGUGACCAUGAUGUGAUGACGUCCAGCGCCUACCCCAAGGCCACCAUGACCCUGGGUCGGGCCACCAACCGGGCCUCGUACAGCAGCCGCGCCACGGCCAUGGGCAGCAGCCCCAACAUCAACAUGGAGCCGGCCGGGGGCUACCGGGAGCGGGACCGGGACAGCGACACCACCAUGCACCUGCACUCGCUGCAGAGCGGGGGUGGCGGAUCGGCGACGUCGUCGCUGUUGCGGCAGGCGGUGCGUGGUGGCUCGGAGAGCCCCCUGCUGGACAUGCAUACGCAGCUGCGGGAGCUGCAGAGGGAGAACGACCUGCUGCGGCAGGAGCUGGACGUUAAGGACAACCAGCUGGGCUCGUCCAUGAACAGCAUCAAGAGCUUCUGGAGCCCCGAGCUGAAGAAGGAGCGGAGCCUGCGCAAGGACGAGGCCGGACGCACCUCCGUGGUCCGCGAGCAGAUGAGGGUGAGCCAGGACGAGAACCAGUCACUGGACCCCCGGAGAGCCAAGCACUUGCAGAUGACCAUCCAGGCCCUGCAGGACGAGCUGCGCACCCAGCGGGACCUGAACCAGCUGCUGCAGCAGGAGAGCCGCAGCAGCGUCGGGGGCGGCGUGAGCCCCGAGCGCCUGUCGGCCGUGGAGCCCACCGAGGAGAACUUCCAGCGGCUGCAGACGGAGCACGAGCGGCAGGCCAAGGAGCUGUACCUGCUGCGCAAGACGCUGGAGGAGAUGGAGCUGCGCAUCGAGAGCCAGAAGCAGACGCUGGCCGCCCGCGACGAGUCCAUCAAGAAGCUGCUGGAGAUGCUGCAGACGGGCAAGGGGCUGCCCGGCAGCCUGGCCGACGGAGAGGGCGUCGGGGGGCUGCGCGCCCGCCGCGAAGCGGAGGAGCAGCUGGGCCACCUGGAGGUCAUCCUGGAGCAGAAGGAGAAGGAGAACCUGCACCUUAGGGAGGAGCUGCACCGCCGGAACCAGCUGCAAGCUGACCCCACCAAGACCAAGGCCCUGCAGACCGUCAUCGACAUGAAGAACGCCUCACCACCGUUCUGUUUUGACCCAGAUGUUAUAUGGCAGGACACCAAGAUCGCCUCCCUGGAGCGCAACAUCCGCGACCUGGAGGAUGACAUCCAGAUGAUGAAGACCAACGGCCUGCUCCACACAGACGGGGCUGAGCGCGAGGAGGACCUCAAGCAGGUGGAGGUCUACAAAAGCCACUCCAAGUUCAUGAAAAGCAAGAUUGACCAGCUGAAGCAGGAGCUGUCGAAGAAAGAGUCAGAACUGCUGGCCCUGCAGACCAAGCUGGAGACCCUGACCAAUCAGAACUCCGACUGCAAGCAGCACAUCGAGGUGCUGAAAGAGUCCCUCUCUGCCAAGGAGCAGAGAGCCAACAUCCUGCAGACCGAGGUUGAUGCUCUGCGGUUGCGUCUGGAGGAGAAGGAGUCGUUCCUGAACAAGAAGAGCAAGCAGCUGCAGGAGCUGACCGAAGAGAAGGGCACGCUGAGCGGAGAAAUCCGCGACAUGAAGGACAUGCUGGACGUCAAGGAGCGCAAGGUCAACGUCCUGCAGAAGAAGAUUGAGAACCUGCUGGAGCAGCUGAAGGACAAGGACAAGCAGCUGGGCAGCCUGAGAGAACGAGUGAAGUCCCUGCAGACCGACUCCAGCAACACAGACACGGCCCUAUCCACUCUAGAAGAGGCCCUGUCUGAGAAGGAGCGGAUCAUCGAGCGACUGCGAGAGCAGCGUGAGAGGGACGAUCGGGAGAAGCUCGACGAGCUGGACACCUACAAGCGUGAGAACAAGGAGCUGAAGGACAAGCUGGCGUCCCUGCAGAGCCAGCUCACCAACAAAGAGAACCCCGGCAGGAUUGAAGGGAAACCCGCGGCCUUGGAGGUGGAGGAGGCGGCACGGCGUAACCCUGAGAUGGCGGAGCGUCUGAAGGCUCUCGAGGGCGAGGUGGCGCAGCACCAGGAGGAGUCUGGGAAAUCGAAGGCCGAGGUGGAGAGACUGCUGGGCCUCCUCAGGGACGUGGAGGCUGAGCGCGCCGACAAGGACCAGAGGCUCGCCGAGCUGGAGAGAGCCUCCUCUGCUAAGCCCCUCCCAGUGUCCGCCAGUCCACAGCAGUGGGGCGGGCUAAUGUUGGACUUCUUUGGAAAGCAAGCGAAGCUGCCAAACGUUAAAGCCACACAGCCUGCUCAGUCGAGUCAGAAGAAGGAUGGACUGCCAGAUGGAGCCCCUCCUCCCCAGUUAGAGGAGUUGAUGGGUGCUCUGGAAAAGACCAGGCAGGAGCUGGAUAUCACCAAACAGCGCCUGUCUUCUACCCAGAAUUCCCUUGCCGAACGUGACGGUCACCUGAACAGCAUGCGGCAGGAACGCAGGAAACAGCUAGAGGAGAUUCUGGAGAUGAAGCAGCAAGCGUUGUUGGCAGCCAUUAGCGAGAAAGAUGCGAACAUCGCCCUGCUGGAGCUCUCCGCCUCCAAGAAGAAGAAGACCCAGGAGGAGGUGAUGGCCCUCAAGAGGGAGAAGGACCGCCUCAUGCACCAGCUCAAGCAGCAGACCCAGAGCAGGAUGAAGCUCAUCGCUGAUAACUAUGACGACGGGCACAUGCAUCCCCCCACCCUCAUCAUCCUCCAGCCCACCACCCCCACCCGGGGCACCACCGGGGCCCGCCACGAGGACCCCCCCACGCCGCCAACCACCGACCCCCCCCAGACCAGUGGGGUGAUCUUGGUUUCAGUUGAGGUCAAGAUCAAAAAGGGCACACUCCUGGCGGUGUAA